UUUCGGCUGACAUAUUUAAUUUGACGUUUUGUUUUCUUCCUUCAAUCAAUUCAUCUAUCGGUAAAUACCUACCUACCUACCGCAGUUUUUUUUAUUAAUUUAUAGUUAAAAAGAGUCGAUUGUUAAAAUGUUUUGUUCUCGUAAGAGAACCUAAACAUCAAUGGCAUGCAGUAAUGGAGUUCAAUGAAUAUCAGACAAAAGAGGUAUUGGACCCGGUAGAUAUAGAUUUUUACUGUGAUCGAUCACGUACGCCGAGCCCGACGCCCGUAUUCAACACAAAUGUAUGUUGCGAUUUGGAAGACAUUUUGAGCGACGCCAUCUCCGAGACGCUGCAGGGUUCUCUACGAGUGAGUCGCAGUCAGCUGAUUAACCAGGAACUGACCAUACGUCCGGAGGCAAACAUUGAAUCAAACGUGCCAGAGGGUUUGGACCUUUACAAGGUUAUCUUCGAAGUAGAGAGUGACACUGAGGUUAAAAUGAGUGAAGUGGAUGGUGCCGCAGUACAGAAUAACACAUUACCUGAACCGGAGUCGUGCCGUCUCGUCGGCGGGUCGAAGUUCUACGAGAUGAUGGACAGCGCCACGUCAGCUGCGGCAUCCACUCCGUCGCCCACGGAGAAGCACGAUCACAUGAAGCCCAUUGAGAGCGAUGAUGAAGUUUCAGACGUAGACCAAGAAUGCACUGUGUUCAGUGGUGUGAGCUACCUCGGCGCGCAGAAUAUAUCGGACCCCAAGUCCGAGAAUGAUAUACAGAGGAUCAUGAAGGAGCUCAGUUCGAUGCCCGAGAGCAGGGAUGGGAUCGCAGUCUCAAUAUCGAUACCGGUCUGCUCACAAGGACUUGUCGUCCUAUACCAAGCGGAUUCGAACAGCGUGAUGACCCGCUACGCCGUCAACCGCAUAUCGUUCUACGCUCGCGGCGCGGCCGGCUCCCCCGUGGCCUCGUGCUUCGCCUUCACCUGGUCCCACGGCGAGACCAAGGAGUCCGCCGUGUAUAGGUGCCAUGUCUUCAGGUGUCAUAUCGCCGAGGCCGUCAAUCAAGUGUCCAGCUGCUUCGCCAAAGCAUUUGAGCGCAUUCCCCGCUCGAUGGCUUCCUCUCUGGUGGGCGACCUGAGCGCAGCGCCCUCCAUGACGGGCUCGCUCACCGAGGGCACCGGCGGGCCCGCCGUGCCGCCCAUGCAGCUCAUGCAUGUGCUCGAGUGUACCGUCGAUAUCAAGGAGACUGAUGCUAAGGGUACAUUCAGUCAUGUCCCGAAAGAGCGGCUCGGCUUCAAGCUGCGCGGUGGCAUCGACAAACAAGUGACGAUCAACGUCAAACAAGUCACCAGCAACAUACAGCCAGAGUCGGAUGAUCCACAGGCCACAUACACCGGCGGACUUUACAUUGAACGCUGCUUCGGUAUCUUGCUCGCCCCCGGCAGGAGCGUAAAGCACUCAGAUAUGAGAUUGCUAGAAAUGGUGAGCGGUUCGUCGGGCGGGUCCGGCUGCUCGGUGUGCGCGCUGUGGAACGCGGGCGAGUCCGCGCUGGCCGCCUUCAACGUGGCCAGCGGCGACGGCGCGCCCGCAUACAUGUCGCUAGCACUCGACCUGGUUAUCAGGGGGAUACCUGAUCCGCUCAGGUUGGUCAUCGAAACUCCAGUGAAAAUAUUCCCCCCAACGGAGAGAUUCUGGUACUACUCGAAGAGGCCGCUUGUACAGCAGUUCUAUAUCAAUCUUAAAGAGUCAGUCGACGCCCUGGGGCAGCUGCAGUACGAGGUGGGCAGUAUCGAGACGUCCGCGGAGCUGGACCGCUCCCGCCUGAACCUGCCGCUGUCGCUGUCGAGCCUGCUGCCCUCGCCGCUGUCCAGCGCGCCCGCGCCGCCAUCACCCUCCGAGCCCGACUCUGAUGGCGAUGAGCCUCUACUUAGCGGCACUGGGGAAGUGUCCAAGGAUUGUGGUGAAGAUGUCCUCGUUAACUGGGCUCAAGUACUCAGAAGCUGGACAGGUCCCCGGCCGCGCGCGCUGGGCCAGCUGGUGCGCGUGGGCGUGCCCGAGGCCCUGCGCGGGGAGGUGUGGCUGCGCCUGGCCGGCGUCGACCAGAACGACAAGCUCAUGGAGACAUACAGGACGCUCAUCAGCAAGGAGUGUCCGUUCGAGGCGGUGAUCCAGCGCGACAUCGCGCGCACGUUCCCGGCGCACGACUUCUUCCGCGAGGCGGGCGGGCUCGGCCAGGACAGCCUGCUGCGCAUGGCGCGCGCCUACGCCGUGUACGACCACGAGGUCGGCUACUGCCAGGGACUCAGCUUCCUGGCCGCCACGCUGCUGCUGCAUAUGCCUGAAGAGCAAGCGUUCUGUCUGCUCGUCAGACUUAUGUACGGCUAUGGGCUGCGUGAGCUCUACAAGGAUGGCUUCGAAGCUCUCUACAUGAGGCUGCAUCAGCUGGACAGGCUUAUGGAGGAGCAGUUAACGGACCUGCGCGCUCACUUCCAAGAGCUAGGCGUUGAACCGCACAUGUUCGCCUCGCAGUGGUUCCUCACCGUGUUCACCGCCAGGUUCCCGUUGCCGCUGGUAUACCACAUCCUAGACGUGUUCCUGCUGCAAGGCAUAGACACGUUGUUCCAAGUGGCGGUGGCGCUGCUGUCGCGCUCGCGCAAGGAUCUGCUGCAACACGACUUCGAGGGUGUACUCAAGUAUUUUAGAGUAACGUUGCCAAAGAAAUGUCGCGCAGAAGAGUCGUCCCGACAAAUCGUGAAGUUGGCGUGCAGCAUCAAAGUCAAGCGGCUGACUAAGUACCAGCAGGAAUACGAGAAGUUUAUCAAAGAAUCUGCUGAAAAAGAGAAAAUUAACGUGGAAAUGGAAAGGCUGAAGGGUAUCAAUACACAGUUACAACAAGAUAAAGAGUUGCUCGAAGCACAGCUGAACGCGGCUCGCGCAUCUGCGGAAGAGACCCAGAAGGAAGCCACGCACUACGCGGCCGUCGCGCGGGACUACCGCGAGAUAUGCGCGCGACUCGACAAACAACUACAUAACUUACAGGACUACGUGAAAGCCUGCGUUAAUUGCAGCGCGAAACUUGCGCAAAAGGAUAAUAAAGAAGAAACAGAACAAAAAGGCGAGGAGAAGGAAGGCUCGAGCGACACAGAGGCGCGCCUGCGGCAGCGCGUGCGCGACCUGGAGCUGGAGCUGGCGCAGGUCAAGCUGGCGCAUGUGCAGGUGCAGUGCAGCAACCAGGAACUAAGCCACCAGCUGACAGUCGCCCUCAACGAGGUCCAAUCGGCCGUCAACCAGAAGCAAACAGUCACGCCCUGGUUGGUGCGCACUCUCGGUUCCAUCAUGGAAGCAGCACAGAACAGACCAUCAUUCCAGACAUACCUCCCCAACAUGACACAGGAGCAGGGCUCGACGCCCCUCCACCGCGCGGGCUCGUUCACGGGCGGCCAGAGCCACAGCCACGUCGAACGCCGCGGCUCCGAGCCCUACAGCCCCGACGUCGUCCGCCGGAAGAAAGACAUCAACGCCAACAAACGACAUUCCAUGCUCGUCGAGUCCAACCUCACGAAAGAGGCCAAAGAAAUCAACCGACGGAGUCAUGACGUCACCAUCGUCAAAAACCUCUCGAUGGGUUGACACUAGCGCUCUCUAGCGGUUAGUACGUUAAUUAAUUUCGUAUUAUUUUCAGUGUGAGAGGAAAAGUUUGUUGUAUGACACGCUUAACCACGAGUGUACAGUAUUCGCCGCAAGUUGUGAUGCGAUUGUAUCGCGCCGCUGUCCUAUGUUUGCGAGACUUGUGGCACAGUGUGUAUCAGUGCACAUAACCGUAACACUAGUCAUAAUGUAAUAUAAUCGAGCACAUUAUAUAUUGUUAUAAUCGAAUAGUAUUUAAUGUAUAUUGGUUACCUUUGAUGCCAGUAUAUGAGAGGCCCAUCACAGUUUGUAUCAUUCCAGUGAUUAAAUUAUUCGUAUGAAUCUCUUUGGAUGGGAAGGUACUAUCCAUUACGUUAUCAGUACAUCAUGUAUAUCACAUGCCCCAACCUUCAUGUCAUACGCUUUAUCGAGUACUCGGGAGUGUAUCGAGUUGAAUCGAUAAGACAUAUUAUGUUCUAAAUUUUAAUAAUUUUAAGUUUUUUAUUCAUGCUUUGUUGAGUGCCUUCCGCGAUAGUUUAAAUUAUUAUAAUUAUAGACUUCGUAUUUAUUGAGAAUUUUCAGUAUUUCGUUUUAAAUUGUAGUUACUCUACAAUACUAUUUAUUUUUAAUGAUAUUUAUUACACUUUGCUUAGUAAAGCAACAUAUCAGAAGCAAUAACGCAAUGUUAGUACCACAGUGAUAAUUAUUUGCAAUAUUGUCAUGAAUAGAAAGAAGUAAAGAGAAUUAUCGAUAUUAAAAUUCAGGAAAUUAUAAAGUCUAUUUUUAUCGCUACACAUUAAUCAAAUUGGACCAAUAAGGUUGAUAAUGCAGUAUUUUCAAUUUAAGUGUAUCUGUGAUCAUAUUACUGCCUAAUUAUUGCCCGCUGAUAUUCAAAAUUAUUAUUGCAUUUUAUUUUGCGCGCGAAAAGCGCUCUCUGGACGAAGGUUUUUUUUCUAGCCAGUUUAUUUGGAUAGAUGGUAUUUGAGACUUAAAAAAGGUGAUUGAUUUACUAUUUUAUUAUGAUUAUUCGUUUUUUAAUUCUAUUUUGGUUGUCAAUUCUAAUUUCUUAUGAAUGCGUAAAUUAUUUAUGUUUAAUGAUAAUUAUGUUUUCUUUUAAAUUAAAUUAUUAACGUAGGUUAAAACUGAACGUAUCAGAAAUUAUAUUCAAACAAAUGUAUGAUAUUUUUAGUGUUGUAAUUCGAUUAUUAAAGAUAGUGAAGAGAAUAUAUUACGAUGUAUUUUAUAAAAGCCAUAUAGACGUGAAAAAAUAUAUUUGUCGGUUUCUCGCUUAUAGGUAAAUACUGAAAUUAUAUCAACAUUCGCAAAAAACAUUUAAAAAUAGAAGUUAUUAGUAAGUCGAAGAUGAAACUUAAAUAUAAGGCUGAUUGUGUUGUUUAUGUAUUUAAACUAAGUUUUCUCACUACAAUCAUCUGUAUUAACGAAAUUCCUUAAAUAAUUUGAUUUCGUACGUAAAUCAAAUUAUUUAAAAUGAAACAUAAACAUACAUUAAAAUUAGUACAAAAAUAAAGCAAGUAGGAGUAUAAAACAGCAUGUACUAUAAACAACAAAUCCAGCCUCAAAGUAUCCGGACCAACAAACAACACCGCAAAACACGUGAUGAUAAAGGAUUAUAGUCCUUAGUAUAACUACAGUAAGGUCGGUUUUCAUCAUCAGUUAUAAAAAGGAUAUUUAAACUAUUUAGAUAGGUGUGAAAGUGUAUCUACAAUGCUGUUUUAAAAUAACUCCGAAGUAUACUCAAAACUAUUGAUAUUAUUUUUAAUUGAUAUUGCACCUGUGGGCCUACCAACACCUCUUAAAUUAAGAUUAAAGAAGAGAGCUGUAGAAAAGAUAAGGGAUGCCGCUAUACUCCGUAUAGAGCGCUGUCUUGCUCCCACAGGGAUUACGCUCUUUGAGAGGAGGUGAUAGACACUUAGCAUGUCCAAAGAGUAUGUUUUAAUAUCUGCUGUCGACUAAACGUAAUUGUCUUACUAAAAAUACAAUUUUUAACGACGAUUAUCAUCAUUUACUGGUUUUGAAUUGUAUUUUAAGUGCAAUAAGUCUCAAUUUUAAUCAACCUUAUAUGUUUGAAUCGUACUUACUCCAAAAGUUUAACUUCUAUUUUGAAUAUAUUGCGAAUUGUUUUAGAACAAGAUUAAUAUGGAUAAAUAAAUAUGUUCUCUCCAACUUAUUCCCUAACUCGUACCUGCACUCUUAUGAAAAUACAUUUAUUUAUAUUGAAACGAAAAGGCUUUUUAUAAAUAUAUCGCUGCGUAUCAUUUGAUUGACAAUAAUUUUGAUGUCCGCUAAAUAUUAUGAUUAUUUUAUCCGUUUUUUAUGUCGAAAUUAGAAAAUUGGACGGCAACACAAAUGCCGUACGAAUUUGUAGCUUUUUCUGUUUGCAUUUUGAGGUUUUGGAACUGUAAAUAGUAAUUAUUAUAAUUAUUAUUCUGUAAUAUUUGCUAAAUUGAAAAUUCUGGUUGAUGAAUAACUAUACCAUGCUCUUAAAGUAAUAAUCAUCGUUGAAGUGAAACGAUUCUAAUCUUAUGAAGAAACCAUUAUUUUACACUUUUGCCAUAUUGUGUUAAACUAUAUGAUUUGAAGUUCUCGUAUCAACUUAAACAUAAUAUAAAGUUUCCCAUUAACAUCUUGUACAGGACUUAUUUUGAUCUCUAUUUUUUUGAAAAUAAAUAUUUAUUAUAAUUGGCGUUUAAUUAAAAUUAAAAAUUAUCACGAUGUAUGGUUAUGUUUGCGCUACAAAAAGACAGAUUGGAGUGCUGUUGAUAUUAGUUAUAUACUCGCCUCCUUUAAGAACUCUAUAAUAAUAUCCUUUAGUCAUACUGUUAUGUGAUAAAAAAGUCAAACAAACGUCCAUGAAGGUUGAAUGUGAACGUUUGUCGUCGGCUUUCUCCGCCAUAACUACUCUGUACGUAUCUAUGCUUAGCAUUGUUGUAGAUAUUAUGUUCUAUAGAAGUAGUUACAUAAUAUAACAGCUUUAUAAAUAACGCCGAUAUCAUUAGAUGGUGAUGCAAAGUUUAGAGUGAGUUGUAUCGCUGAGAAAUGUUGUUUUAGUCUGUCAUUUAUGGAAAUAAACAUUUUACAAAGAC